AUGAGCGCCCAAUAUAUCUUGCCACUCCUUAAUAGGGAUAUCUUUGCCUGUGUCGUUGGGGUAGCGCUGUCCAACACGCAGGAGCUGGUCGAUGUUCAGAGGCUUCGCACGCCGUUGCUCUGCAUUGGCUGGGUGCACAUCACCGUCUCCACCCUUAUUAUCCGCAAAUAUGGGCUGGAAGUGUGGAAGGAAAUUAAAAGAAAAGCCGGCUUUUCCGAUGAGACCGAAUUCGAAGUGCAGCAGUACUACGACGACAGCGACACGUUCAGAAUUUUCCGCGCCGCAGCCGCGACACUUGGCGUAUCCGUGGACGACAUGUGGGAAUUGUACGGCGACCAUUUGAUCACUUAUGCCAGCGAGACGGGGUGGAACCGGAUGUUGGCAUGUAUGGCUGAUAAUCUACAGGACUUUUUGGACAACUUGAACUCGAUGCACUACUUCAUCGAUCAGAUCGCGUUCAAGUCGGAGAUGAAGGGCCCCUCGUUUCAAUGCGAAGAUCAGGGGGACGGAACCCUGCGACUGCACUACUUCUCGAAUCGCCAGGGUCUGUAUCCGAUCGUCAAGGGGUUGGUGCGCAAGACGGCCAAAUAUCUAUUUGAUAUCGAAGUUUCGAUCAACGUCCUCGAACGUCAACAGGAGCGUCGAAAAAGCGGCCUCGUGGAGCAUGUGAUUUUCAGCGUCGGAGCAGACGAACGGCACAAGGAAGGCGAACGACUGGCCCAUCGAUUCCGCCGUAACAACCGUAGCCAAUUGGAGAUGGUUCCAGAAACGAAACUCCUCCGUACCCUCAGCACCAAAGAUUUCAACGUCAUCUUCCCGUUCCACAUCUGCUUCAAUAAGCAAAUGAUUGUCGAGCAUGUUGGCCAAUUCAUCCUCUGCGAAUACGCGUUGGCCGACAAGAAGAUGGUGAAGCUAACUGAUGUCGUACAACUUGUCCAGCCGGCCGAUAUUCAGCUGACGUUCAAGAACAUUCUGUCGUAUUUGAACACGCUGUUCAUCUUCCAAAUGCGCCACCAUGCGAGGAGGAACGAGCAGGACGCGACGUGCAGUGUGGCAGCUUUUCAGCAGCCUUUAUGUUUAAAAGGCCAAAUGUACCCACUAGCCGAAGGAAAUACAAUUCUCUUCCUCUGUUCCCCUCAUGUCACCACCGUCCGUGACAUCCUCAACCUCAACCUCUGCAUCUCGGAUAUGCCAAUGCACGACGCAACCCGAGAUCUUGUCAUGCUCAACCAAAGUCGCAUCUGCCAAAUGGAGCUCAACAAAAAGCUCGAGGACACGGUGCGACGUCUUCGCGGGAUGGCCGAAGAGCUGGAGACGAAGAAGGGGCAGACGGAUCGACUUCUUUUCGAAUUUGUGCCCGCACAGAUUGCCGAUGCGUUGCGCAAUCACAAACCGGUUCAAGCACAAGAAUUCGGUGAUUGCGCCGUCCUGUCGGCCGAUAUGCCCGAUUUCCCGACAAUCAACGUGCACUGUAAGCCGGCGCAAAUGAUCGAGCUGAUCACCGACCUUUUCCAUCGAUUCGAUCGGCUGAUCGACUUACACAAGUGCUACAAAGUGUUGUCGUUGAUGGAUUCCUAUUUGGUGGUGUGUGGGGUACCGGCCCCGUGUGAGCGAUAUUGUGAAAAGAUCCUCAACCUAGCGCUGGGCAUGAUUCUGGAAGCUCGACUCGUCAUCGUGCCCGAGCUUAACCUAUCGGUCCGGCUCCGCAUCGGCGUCCACGUCGGGCCAGUUGUCACCGGGAUUGUUAGCCAGAAAAAGCCGAGAUACUGCGUCCUUGGCGAAACCGUCGCCAUCACCAAAGCCAUUUGCGAGCACAACGACGCCGGAAAGAUUUUGGUCAGCAACGCCGCCAGAACCAUGGUUACAAAGGGCACCAAACAACAACCGUCAGCCGUCUUUGUCUUCGCUUCAAAGGGUUACGUUGACAUUGGGACGAUGAAGAUGCUCACCCACUACCUGGAGCGCAACGAAAAAAUGAGCGCCUGGGAGAUUACGGAUCGGCCGAAGGGAGAGGAGCAGACGAUCGAUGGAUAUCGCGAAUUGCAUACCGAUGAGGGGGCCAGAGAAUGGGAGGAGGCCAGAGAACAUGCUCAGCGGGCCAUUCGGGUUCUGGAUGCGAUGAAGCCCCUCCCAUCCGAACAGGGCACCGGCACCCUCCAGAAAUUGAAGGCCAUCAAAAAACGGCUUGGCACCGGCCGAAGUUCCGAUAGUGGGGUUGGCGAGGAUGGAUCACCGCGCACCGAGAGUGUCGCCUGCUCAUUGAUCGAGACCUGCUACUUCUUCGAUGAUGCCGCCGCCCCGGCCGGCACUGGACAGUUGACGGCCAACCCAUCAGCCAACAACUUCUACUAUGAGAAGACUUGUCUGCCCGCCGUCACUGCCCACGAGGCGUGCACCUACCGGUCGUUCUCGUUCGAGCGUAUGCGCAAGACCAUUCUCGAGGGAUUCGUCAAGAAGACCGUUCAGGUUUCCGGCCGCGAACAAUGCCUUUCCACCUGCCUCAAGGAGAAGGAGUUCGUCUGCCGCUCCGUCAACUACAACCACGACACGUACAUGUGCGAGCUGAAUGCUGAGGACAGAAGAAGCAAGCCGACCGCCCUCUCCAUGACCGACAUCAACGUCGAUUACUACGACAACAACUGCCUGUCCCGUCAGAACCGUUGCGGCCAACAAGGAGGAAACCUCGUCUUCGUGAAGACCACCAACUUCGAGAUCCACUUCUACGACCACACCCAAUCCGUUGAGGCCCAGGAGAGCUAUUGUCUUCAGAAGUGCCUCGACUCGCUCAACACCUUCUGCCGCUCGGUCGAGUUCUCGCCCAAUGAGAAGAACUGCAUCGUCUCCGAUGAAGACACCUUCUCCCGUGCCGAUCAACAGGGUCAGGUCCAGGCCAAGGACUACUACGAGCCGAUCUGCGUUGCCGCCGAUCUUUCCUCAUCCACCUGCCGUCAGCAGGCCGCCUUCGAGCGCUUCAUCGGUUCAUCGAUCGAGGGCGAGGUUGUCGCCUCGGCCCAGGGUGUCACUGUCUCUGACUGCAUCUCGUUGUGCUUCCAGAACCUCAACUGCAAGUCCAUCAACUAUGACAGGACAGCCUCGUCGUGCUUCAUCUAUGCCGUUGGCCGCGCCGACGCCAACAUCAAGGCGAACCCGUCGAUGGACUACUACGAGUUCAACUGUGAGAGCCAAUUCGGUGGCAUGGCACUGUGCACCAAUGACGGUAUCCGCUUCAUCGUCAACACCAAGGAACCCUACACCGGAGCCAUCUAUGCCGCCGAGCGCUUCUCCACUUGCAGCCAGGUCGUCGAAAACGCGAAGCAAAUCUCGAUCACCUUCCCUCCCCCGACCGUCUCCUCUGACUGCGGAACGGUGAUCCGUGACGGCAAGAUGGAGGCGCUGGUCGUCGUCUCGCUCGAUGGUGUCCUUCCCCAUCAAGUCACCACCGAAUGGGAUCGAUUCUACCGCGUGUCGUGCGACGUCUCGAUGGACAAGAUGACCAAGGAGGGAUCCGUUGUCGUCACCACCAUCUAUGAGGCCAACAACCAGAAGACGCAAGUGCUGGACACCGCCACCCCACCCCCGGUCACUGCCACGCUCACCUUCUUCAACCAACUUGACGAGCCCCUCGAGAAGGCUUCGAUUGGAGACCCGCUGCUGAUGGUCAUCUCCUCGGAUCAAGCCGGCCCGCACAACAUGAUGGUCACCGAGUGCACGGCCACCAGAAUCGGCGGACGCGGCGAAUCUGUGCCCUUCACGCUCAUCGAGAAUGGAUGCCCCCGUUACCCAGCCCUCGUCGGUCCCGUCGAGCAAGACUUCGACAAGAACAGGCUUAAGUCUGAAGUCCGCGCCUUCCGCCUCGACGGCUCGUACGAUGUGCAGGUGAUGUGCACCGUCAUGUUCUGCGCUGGCCCCAAUGGAUGCCCCGUGUCGAACUGCUUGGACUCGGGCACCAACGAGCUGUUCACGUCGCACGGCAGGAAGAAGAGGUCCGCCCUGGCCGAGACUUCCGAGGAGCACACCGCUGAGACGCUUUCCGCCAUCAUCCGCGUGCUGGCCAAGGGCGAGGAGGAGGACAACAUGGGAAUUAAUGGAAACGCUUCUGAUAUCCACCGACCAUGGCCCGCGGACACGGUGUGCGUCUCCGAGACCGGAUUCGUCUGUGCCGUCGUGUCAGCAUCUGUUGUCUGCCUUCUCCUCUCUGCCCUCAUCGUCGUCUAUGGCUGCCACGCCCUCCACCGCGACGAGAAGCUCCCAUCCACCCGAAAUGACGUCUAU